AUGUCAACCAACACCACGACCACGACUGUCGAGCCCUUCACGCUCUCUGCCCCCGCCGGAACAGACAUCUGGCGCAAGCCCCCCUCGCAUAACGCCUUCAACGCCUCGACAUAUCCCGCGCAGCUGCCCACCUACAAGCUCGCGGAUUUCCAACGCGCAAGACUAACUUUUGCCCUGCCGCCCUCGGCCCAGCUGCGCCAGUACGACCAAGCCGGACUCCUGCUGCACCUGACCAAACCGGGGCUCCCAGCCAACGCGACCAAAUGGGUGAAAACGGGGAUUGAGUUUUACUACGGAAAGCCGUAUGUAGCGACGGUGGGCUGCGACACGUGGGCCGACUGGUCGCUGGUGCCGAUGCCCGAGUUUGUGGAUGGCGCGCAGCCCGGCGCGACGAUUGAGGCGCGGCGCGAGAAAGACGUGCUGGGCAAGAGUCUGUGGAUCUAUUGGAUUGUGAAGGAUGCGGCGGGCAACGAGGUUGAGCGCCGCCCGCUCAGAGAGGUCACUUGGUUUCUGGCCGAUGAGGACUGGGAUGUUAGUGUGGCGGGGUAUGUGUGCAGGCCGACGACUGAGGGUGGCGAGGAGGCACUGGAGGCGCAGUUUAAAGAUGGUGUGGAGAUUGAGGUUGGCGGAUCCAAGUGAGGUGGUGGUGGUGUUGUUUGUUUGCUGUGAACUUGAGACGGCUCGGUCGGCCUUGUCGGGCAUGUACACUGUUGGAUGAAUAAGAAAAAGGAUGUAGGGAUUCUACGACUUUCCGUUG